UUAAUGCCCUACCCUGAUUCGAGUCAACGUCUUCUCUCACCCGAAUCUGGGCUCGAGCUCACCAACUACCAGUUAUCGACGGCGACCUACCACCCAAUCCAAUCGAUCAUCCUUCUUGCUCUUCUCACCGGAACCCUCGCCAAUGCUGCUUACUUUUAUUCCCAUGCCUCUGGCCACCUAAUCCGUGGAACGGGGGCAUCUUGAGCUAGAUAUGGGCCGGGAUCGGGAACACGCCGCCACGGCCGAGGCCGGUGGGCGUGGAGGCCGAUUAGAGCUGAAUAGGCCCAGAUACGUGACACUGCCGAUCAUUUUGGUGCUUGCCUUGAUCGGGUAUGUUUACUACAUGACUAUAUUCGGCGUGAUAGAGGAUUGGUUAGGGCUGAGAACGGCGUUGGGAUUGGGGAACGCCGCCAUCUUUACAGCGCUCGCGAUCAUGUGCUUAACUACAUAUGCGAUUGCGGUUAUCAGAGAUGCUGGCCACGUCCCUUCAUCUUUCAUGCCCGACAUAGAAGAUCCUCAGGUUGUGGUCCACGAGAUCAAGAGGAAGGACUAUAUUCGACGACAAGGAAGCUGCUCCAACUCUAACCCCGUCCGAGGUGGUGUUUAUCUUCGUUACUUUGACCAUGAGGCUGUCCCGCAGUCCACCACCGUUCCAUCCCUCCUCCAGCUCAACCUUCUACCUCCCUGUCCUCCUACAGCUGUUCGGUUCUCCCUGCUUCCUCAUCUAGACCACCGUCUAUUUACUCUAUUUCCUCCCAGCAAACCAAGAAACCCCUGGCGGUCCUCCCUGAUUAGCGCCCACCUCCAGCUGACAACCUCACUGUCUCUUUGUUGUCCUCCCAUAGCACCGCAACCCUCUGCUGCCUCCCCAGAUUGCCGACAAUUCUUUUCCCCUGUAGCUUCCCUGCAGAGUCACAGCUACUGCCGCCUCCCAAACAACAGUCGCAACCCUUUUCCAUCACCGUCCGUGUAUCCGCCAUCCGUGCCUCCGUUCCUCGGCUCCGACCACCAUCCGUGCCCCCGUUCCUCGGUUCCGACCGCCUUUCAUGCCUCCGCUCGGCUCCGACCCCCUUUCGUGCCUCUGCUCCUCAACUCUGGCUGCCUUUCUUGCCUCCGCUCCUCGGCUUCUACCUCCACUACCACUUCCUCUGGGUGCCAGUACACGACGACAUCCUCCGCCUCUUUCGGCUGUGGUUUAAUGCCUCAACGAGCGCUGACUUACUCUCAAUCGAUUUCGCUCUGGCCAUCAUCACAACCCUUGCUCCAGCACCAUCUCACCGAACUCCCUCCUCGUCGAGCUUGUUGUAUCCUUUGUGUUGAGUUUUUUUGUAAUAUUUUGUUUUAUGUUUCAAUUCACGCAAUAUCUUUCUUUCUUUGAGUCCACAUUGUAAUCGUCUUUUUAAGCUAUUAAUAAAUUCGUAUUUUGUGUCGUAAUUUGGGUCAACUCCGGUAUCACUUAUGAUUUCUCUCGAGUCCAUUAAAUUUGUGUAAUGAAGAUGAUCUGACAAACAAUAAUUGCAAUCCUUUAGUUUUUAGAUAUUAUUGCAAAUUUAGAUAAUAAUUUAGUGAUUGGAUUAGGCACAACAUGUUAAGAUUAGAGGCAUUCAAUGUUUUCUUAAUGGAAUGGCAUUGAAAAGUGUUGGUCUAGGAACUCAAAUUGAUGUCUUUUUGACUUCUUAUAUAUGAUUUUAAGCCUCAGAAAUUAAUUAUCGUACGCAACAUUUACUAAACA